AUGGCCCCCACCGGCACCCGCCUCACCCGCAAAAUCGCCAUCGUCACCGGCGCCUCAUCCGGCAUCGGCCGGGCCAUCGCCCUGUCCUUCGCCCGGGAGGGUGCUACCUUUGUGUUGUGUGCUGAUCUCGUUCCUCUUGGCCGUGGUGCCGAGGGGCCGCCUAAGGAUGGAGAUGAUGAUGAUGAUGAGAAACUCUCUACCGAGGCGCUGAUCACGAAGCGGUAUGGUGAGGGUAGGGCGGGGUUUCGGAAGGUGGAUGUUACCGUGGAGGAGGAGGUGAAGGGGAUGGUGGAGGGGUUGGUGGAUGCUUUUGGGAGGGUUGAUGUCAUCGUCAAUAACGCCGGCGUGGGCCCGGCCUUUACACCGCUGCAUGAGACGCCUGACGAGAUUUGGAGCGGCACGCUCAACAUCAACCUCCGCGCCCCUUUCCUCUGCUCCAAGUACGCAAUCCGCCAGUUCCUCACGCAGGACUCGGCUUCCGAGCGCGACAAGCGCGGGUCCAUUAUCAACAUUGCGAGUGCCGCUGGUUUGCGGGAGGUCAAGCUGUCUGGAGCCUACUGCGCCUCCAAAGCAGCCGUCAUCAGCCUGACCAAGUCCACCGCCCUCGAAUACGGCGCCGCCCGGAUCCAGUGCAAUGCCAUCUGCCCCGGUACCAUAAUAACCCCCAUGACAGCCCCCGUGCUAGCCCACGACGAAGCGCUCGCUUUCUUCAAGACAGCCGUGCCCUGGGGCGACGGCGGAGUCAGCCGCGGACCGGAGGAGAUUGCGAAUGCGGCCGUGUGGUUGGCGAGUGAUGAGACGAGCUGGGUUACGGGUGUGGCGCUGCCGGUCGAUGGGGGGUAUUCUGUGCAUGCUUAG